AUGAAAAUCUCACAAAAGGAACGAAGUGGGCCACACGGGAACCAUCGUUUAGAGCCUCGAUCGUACAGAACCGAGAUUCAACUUGAGCUAGAGUCUCCGACGGAUCGACUUGCAAUUGGAUCCUCGCUGUAUCCUAGCACUGCUGAAUGGAAUACUCGAGAUUGGGGAAUAUCGGGUCUUUUUGCCGGCUACAGCCGGCUACAUAUGUAUGUAUCGUAUUGUCAACAAGGAAGAGUUUUCGAAAACGCGUUCAAAGGGGCUUGA